AAAGCUAGAGACACGUUUAUGAAACUUAUCAUUUGUGCGCUUUUCAACAGGUAAGCUAGUGUCUGACCCAGUGUCCGGAGUAGCUGACUUUUCAACUCUUAACAUCCAAUCUUCGAACAUCACUAUGAAUAUCAACAACGCAAUGAAAGUAUUCUCUCUGUUUGUUGCUCUUAUGUUAUUCAUUGCCAGUGCCACCUCAGCUCCCUCGUAUUCUGGCGAAUACGAAAGUAGUAUUAGAGAACUGAUCGAGAUGCUUAUUCAAAGAGAGAAGGAAAACGGGCUGGAAGAUAGCCGAGUCGGUUAUCACACAGUUUCCAGAAAAGCUGGACGAUCACCACAAUUACGUUUGCGAUUUGGAAAACGCAUGGACUCUCAAUUUCCCGUCCCAGCGGCUUAUAUUACCGGCUUGAACGACAUCACUAACGACAACUAAACCUAUUCGUAUAUGCAGAAAUAUUUUUAUAGUUUAACUCUUACACGCUUAGUUGGAUGAAUUACUUUCUAAAGUCUGUAUUAAUUCUAGAAUUAAGAUAAAUUAAGCGAGCGGUAGUUGACAAUUAUUAGCAAAUCAUAGAUUUCGUUUCUCAGUAAAAAAGUAUAUACUAAAUCAAUCAAUACGUUAUAGCCAUAUCACGAUUUCUAUUUGCUGAAUAGUUGAUAUCAGUAUUUCAGAUACAAAGCUGGAAAGUGUAAUGAAAAUUUUCGAUUGUAUAUGUUGAACUGAGUUUCCGAUUGCCUGGAAUAUUCUCAAAUAUGUACCAUACUACUUACGUUAAUUAUAUGCUAUAAUAUUUAACUUGAGUGGUUUCAUUUUUUAAACGGAAGUAAAAAAUAAUUUGCGUUUACUCACGAUAUUUCGUGCUGUAUACACUGAAACAAAUCUCAAAUAGAUACCAUAGUUAAGCUGUUAGUUAAUUAAACCAAUAAACUCCUCAAAUUCUUGAUAUUAAAAUAGACGAGUUUAACAAAUAUAUUUGCUAAAUAAUCUGUUAUAGUAUACAUGUUAAUAUAGUAUAAUUUGUGGUAGUUAAUUGUCAACUUUAUGUUUAAAUAAAAUAUCCCUCAUGAACAAAUAAAA